UGUCUUUUUUUCUUUAUAUAAAAAAAUCUAAAGUAGUUCAGGUCAAUCUAUUAUCGAGCCAAUUUGAGCCGAACUGAAGCACGAAUCUGAACUGCGAAUCUAGCAAUCAAGCCGAAUAAUUUUGUAUCUCCCUCAAACUCCAGAUUUGUGCUCUGCAUGACUGCAUCUCCUUCCUCCUCCUCUUAAAACCCUAACAACGAAAGCAGCGUCUUUUAGUUGUAGUUGCAGUUGUAUCUAUAGUCGCCGCCGCUUCUGCCUCUGCCAACCACCUCUCCCUGUCUGCUGCCCUGCUGCUGCCAUUCUCGGGUUUUAGAAAAUGGGGAAGAAGAAGUUCAUUGAUAAGAAAAAAUCAGCAACCUUCCAACUUCUUGCACGGGAUACUUCUGAUCCUGUGUAUAUCGAAGAGCCGGAAAAUGACCGGGUUUUCGUUCGUGUUGAUAAUAAUAGGGUUUCUGUAAAUGGGAUAGAAGAGGACCAUGAUGAAGGUGGUUACUCAAACGACCUUGAGUCUGCUGAUGAUGGUGGGGGUUAUGAGGGGUUUAGGGUUCCAGCUCCCUUACCAGACAAUGUAAGGAGGGAGAUAUUGGAGCUUGGAUUUCCUGACGAUGGUUAUAAUUAUCUAACUCAUUUGAGGGAGAUUCGAAAUACUGGUGGCGGCUCUACUUAUUUUCAAAAUCCGAAGGCUGAGCUUCACCAACUUCCUCAUGAUGUCAAGGCAUAUGACGCUUCAAGAGUGCGGAUAAAGGAAGCAAGUGAAGAUACAAGUCCUAAAACAUUGUACAACGUCGCAGAGAAAACAGUGACAGUGAGAGUUCAGAAAGCAGUAGAUCCUGAAAUUGCUGCGUUACUUGAAGAUGAUGAGUCAGAUUUUGGUUCUGACAUUGAUGAUUUGGAGGAGGAUUUUGUUGUUCAGGCAAAUCAUACAGAGGAAUCUGGAGAUGUAUAUGAAGAGACCAGUUUGUCUUUGGUUAAUAAUCUCCAAGAAGAGGUGCUUAAUGAAUCUGAUACUUUCAUCUCAUGUGACAUUCAAACUGUAGUAGCCAGUAAUUCCACGACGGAAGUGGUUCAAAGUGUUAAUGAAAAGCCUAGACCUCAACGUUUAGUUGACCAACAGUUUGACCUGCUUGAAAGUCAAGAGUAUGGGUCAGAUAGUGAUGAUGAUUAUGAUAAUUAUGUAGCUGAACAAGAAAUAUCGCUUGCAGAAAAGCUCAAAAGUGUUCUCAAGGAUCACGAGGUAGAUGAUUUAGAGUUUAAUGAAAAUUACAAAGCACCAGCUGAAAUACUUCGCCGUUGUGCUGAAUAUGCUGAGAAAUAUGAGAAUGAGGAUGGGGAUGAAAAAGUAGUUGUAAUUGUGGAAGAAAGUAGUGAUGAAUCUGAACAAUGGGAUUGUGAGACCUUUGUCUCUACAUACUCAAACCUUGACAAUCACCCUGGCAGAAUUGGAGCUCCAGGACGUAUUAGAGAGAAAAUAUUGGCAGAGACAAUCAAUGGGGUGCUGAAAAGUGGCUCAGACAAGAUUAUUUCCCUUGGAGGAAAGGCAAGGCUUCCUGUGGAUUACUUGCCUCAUGGAAAGAAGGAACACAAAGAGACGGCGAAAGUAGUUGCCAAAACAGAACUGCCAAAAAGAAAACCACAUGGUCAGGAGACCAAGGAAGAGAAAAAAGAAAGAAAGGCUGCUGUAAAAGAGGAAAGGCGAGAGGCCAGGCGUUUGAAGAAAGAUUUGAAGGAACUGUACCGCGAUGAAGCCAAACUAGCUCAGAAAGUUGCUGCUAUUACCGGACCGUCAUCCAUUCAUCUUGGAUAAGGUAACUAGAUGUCCUUGUUCAAAAUGUUUCCUUGCGUACUCAAAUGAAUGCGUGGAAGAGCAUCACGCACAUCUUGGUGAUAUUUAUUGGAGAAGAGAAACGAAAAUGUAUCUGGUUUGCCUCACCGUUUUUGUUAAUCUAGGUUAGGUACUUUAGAUUUGCGAGAUGUUGUAUAUGAAUAUUUUGCUUUCACACCCCUCAAUGAGAAUGUAUUGAGUUUGUUUA